GGUGCAGCAGGGCAGCAGGUGUUACCUAUAUGACUAACGAGCGGGGAGGUUUCGGCUUUUGUUAGUUGGACGCCAUGUGGACCCAAGGGUGAAGUGUUUCUGCUUUUGCUUAUCGAAGAACCGACUGUAAAACUAAUUGUUCGAAGCUGGGGGGGUGAUUAUUUGUUUGUUUCCAUCCCUCAGCGGUGUUUUAUUUCUGACUGCCUGAGCAAGCACGUGAAACGAAAAUGGACGAUGGAGGCAAACAACCACAUGCAUUUGGGAGUGGACAACAGAGAACUCAACACAGCAGACCUUUUUUCUAUGUCCAGCCUCCAUCUCAGCCUUACUUCCUCUACCAGCACUGGCAGCUCAAUCCAUACAGUCACUAUGGUUUGCCUGGAGGUUUUAACUUAGGCCGUCCCUGCAUGCACCCUUUCCAGUACAUGCAGUAUCCUGGCUUUGUUUUCCCACAUGCCCCAAUAUAUCCAAUGGAUCACAGACGAAUGUUUGAACCUCGCUUCCACGCUCCCACCUGGAGUGACAUGCCUCGCCAGCAGUAUCACUCACAGCCUCACGGGCGUCGAGAAACAGCCUGUUCUGAGGCUCAAACUGACCCCAGCGAUGCCAUAACCAAACUUAUCGAAUGCCUGGAUAAGAUUCGAGGCAGUGAGCUGCAGGGUGCUGAGAGAGAACUGGACUCAGGUGUUGCCUCUCAGUCCUCGGGAAUGUUUUCUCCGGAUGAGAAGAAAAGUGGAGAGCAGAGUCACAGCCUCCCUUCAAAGCCCGAUGGCAGUCAUCUGGAGUCUCCAGCCGCAACCUUCAGUGACUCCACAGCAGCGGGGUAUGAUGGUGAGUCGAGUCAAAGAAGCCUAGAUGCCCUUAUCCCUCAGGGGUGCUGGUCAGGAGAACUGGAAGAGGAGUUGCCCCUCGAUAGCUCCUCUGUUCAUGAAGAGUGUUGUAAGGUGGAGCAGCUAGCAACAGAUGAACACUUCCCCGAUCUUGAGAAAGCACAGGUCAUGGAUAUCCAGUCAGAUACCUCAAUGACCGAUCAAAGUGUUCCCAAAGAUGAUGCUGAAGAGCUCCUGAAGCAGACGCUGGAUCCGAUUCUGCCGUCAACACCAUUAGUGCCAUCUUCUUCCUGUACUUCCAGUCAGCCAGUGCUCAAAGAUAUCAAAAGUGGUGACAAAGUCUCAAAGACAGAACACCAGAAAGCUGAUCAAAAGUAUCAGAUCCUCAAGUUGCCUUUUGAGAGCAUUUUGACACCUGGAGAUGCUGGAGCCAGGAACCUCUCCCCUGCUGCUCCCUAUUGCUACAACUACUUAUCCAUGCACACCACCCAUGAGCGAAUGAGUGUCCUCAGUCCAUCUCUGGAUGAGCUUUCUUCCAGAGAUGAGAUGUUCUCCACAGAUCUGGAUGAUCCAGAUCUCUUCCCCAAACAUGUGUAUACAGGCAGGAGGGUUGCAGAAGUUGUAAGUGGAUCUCCCCAGGUUGCUGGAGAAGUAGGGGAAGGGUGGCUGCCAGAUUCAAAGAGGUUAAUGUGUGCCUGCUGUGGGAAAAGCCUUGCAAAAGGGGUGGGUAGGAAUAAAGUCCACAGCUCCAAGAUAUACAGGAAUGAGGUUGGAGACUCUGAUGAGGACAGCAGAUAUGGGAGAGGGUGUGAAACGCCUGUCAGAGUGGUUGUAAGGAAACAUUCUGCAUCCAGGAAGCCCCAUUCUGUCCCACUGAGGCAUGCUGCAAAACCUUGGUAUAAGAGGGGCCAGUACAAAGAUUCCUCAGAUCCAGUAAACCAGGAGGAAGGUCCUGAUCCUUGUAAGCAGGAGCCAACUGAUGGUGAGAUUGGAGAGAUGAGUAGUGAGCUGCAGUGCAGAACAUGUCUAGACAUACUCUGCAGAGAAGAUCUGACCACGUCGGACCAAGGCAGGUGGGGAAACGGUGAUGUGAUUCCCAGGCGGAGACAAGCAACCUCUCUGCAACAAGAGAUAAGUGCUCAGAGGAAAGUGAUGUACCACAGGCCAAGAGAUGAGGACAAUGACGACAAGCCGCCACCAAUACACUGGGAGAGAGGCUCUACAAUGAGAGGAGAACCAAGAUGUUGAUGUCCCCUAUUUGACUGUCUAACAAAUUGUGUUGAACUGUAUGUGAAAUGCACACAGCAUUGCAAAAGAUGAAGCAUUAAAAUGGCAACAUACUUUUCAAUAUGUUUAAUAUUUGCCUUGGUAUAAAAUAUGCAAACAUUUAAGUAUUUUCUUUCUUCCUCAGGUCCCCUCAAAGGUGUACUUGUUCCAGGAUAAUGUAAUGUGUAAUAUUAAGAGCACCAGGUGAAAUGCACUGCACAGAAGGCUUCUUUUUGUUUGCUAGUAAAAAGGAAAAAAAAUGUAUAAAGUUUAUGCAGUGGCACCAUUCAUGAUUUAUGAAUUUCACAAACAGAACUCAAAGGUUGUGCACAUGGUGUUCCACUGUUUGGGGCCAGUUCAAUAAAAUAUUGUCAUUAUUUAA